AUCUUGACCAUCCAAAGGGCGACAAGGAAAAUGCAUAAUCAACAAAUAGAAAAGAAAAUGACAUCAGAGACUGCAGCACGCAGCGCAGCGCCACCUCGGAGAGUCUGCGUGUGGACGCCCCUGGCUCCAUGCACAGCGGGGAGCUGCGCAUCCUGAGCUUCUACGGACAAGGGGAGGGCCCUCUGGCGGUUGACGGCCAUGACACCCUCUUUGCCGCGUCAGAUGCGGAGGCCUUGAGCUCGCUGUCAGCUGACCACAGCGUGGCCAAGAGCCUGAACUGCAGUGUGCGGCUCUUCCGCCUUGAGGAGCUGACUGGGCAUCAGGGCUGCAGCAAGGGCCGGCCCGGUGUCUUGUGUGGAAAGGUUAUUCCCUACAAUGCCAAUAUGAUCGUCCACAUGAGGACUCACACCGGUGAGAAGCCCUACAGGUGUGACCAAUGCCCGAAGCGCUUCAGUCAGAAUAACAUCCUGAAGAACCACAUGAGGACUCACUCCGGGGAGAAGCCCUACCAGUGUGACCAAUGCACGAAGUGCUUCAGUCUGAAAGGCAACCUGAAGAACCACAUGAGGACUCACUCCGGGGAGAAGCCCUACAAGUGUGACCAAUGCACGAUGCGCUUUAGUCAGAAUAACAUCCUCAAGGACCACAUGACGACUCACUCCGGGGAGAAGCCCUACAAGUGUGACCAAUGCACAAAGUGCUUCAGUCUGAAAGGCAACCUGAAGAUCCACAUGAGGACUCACUCCGGCGAGAAGCCCUACAAGUGUGACCAAUGCACGAUGCGCUUCAGUCAGAAUAACAUCCUCAAGAACCACAUGACGACUCACUCCGGGGCGAAGCCCUACAAGUGUGACCAAUGCACGAAGUGCUUCAGUCUGAAAGGCAACCUGAAGAUCCACCUGAGGACUCACUCUGGGGAGAAGCCCUGCGUGUGUCUGCACUGCAACGCCAGCUACAGCGACCCAAGCAAUUUUCGUUUGCACAUGCUCAAGCACACUUUGGCACGGAGUAACGGGACGCUUUGAUUGAGACCUCUGUCCUGUAUUGGUUGAAAUUACUGCUUUUAGUUUUUCUCUUCAUCACGAUUAAACGCUUCGAAAUUUCGAUUCACUUUCUGUUUUUAUUAAUUGAUGUCCGUGGUGAAUAACUUAUUUCUAGGACACUUCUGACAGCAAAAUAUUUGA